CGUUAUUUCCUCUCGCCACCAACUUGGCAUCUAUUUGAGAUCUUCUUGACGCGCCCGGUGGGCUGUAAAUCUUAAAGAUGCUCUCCACAAGUUUCGACAGACCAUGUGAGUACCGUUAAUUCGGCCAAGAAGUCUCCAUAAGCACUUAUGCGGUGACACCGCUGCCAUGCCUGGAAAGAUCCUUUGCGUGGCAGAGAAGAACUCCAUCUCGAAAGCUGUAGCAGAGCAUCUCUCUGGGGGUCACUUUCAAACCGGAAACACUGGCAACCAAUACAUCAAGAACUACACAUUCACGUUUGACUUUGGUCCGCCCUGGGGAGGUUGCAAUGUGCUCAUGACCAGCGUAUCUGGUCAUUUGACGGCAACGAAAUUCACCGAUGAGUAUGAACGCGAUUGGAGCCAUCCUCCACCAGAUGCACUUUUCGAUGCACCUGUACUCGUGAAAGUCGAAGAGGACAAGAAACCAAUCUCUGAUAAUAUUUCCAACAAUGCGAGAGGAUCUCGUGCCCUAUUCAUCUGGACCGAUUGUGAUCGAGAAGGAGAGCACAUCGGUGGUGAAGUAAGAUCCGAAGCUCUCAAGGGAAACCCAAACCUAGAGGUGAGGAGAGCCAAAUUCAGCAACAUCGAGAGAGCACACAUAAUUCACGCAGCAAAGCAUCCGGUAAAUCUUGACGACCGACAGAUACACGCAGUUGCUGUACGCAUCGAGCUGGAUCUCAGGAUCGGAUUUGCAUUUACGAGGUAUCUGACAAAUAGUCUCCGGCCCUUGGGUGGGCCUCUCAGCGUUCGGCCAGAUGGCGGCAGGAGAGUCAUAAGCUUUGGACUUUGCCAAUUCCCGACUCUCGGCUUCGUUGUGGAUCGUUAUUUCAGAGUGCAAAACUUCAAACCAGAGCCAUUUUGGAGCGUCCAGGUCACCCACAAGCGUGACGAUAUCAAUGUCAUUUUCAAUUGGAAGCGCAAUCGGCUGUUCGAUCGAGCAGUAGUUGUUGUUCUCUUUGAAAGAUGCAUCACAGCCAAGACUGCCAAGGUCAUAAAAGUUCAGGAGAAGCCUACUAGUAAAUGGAAGCCAUUACCUCUGACGACUGUCGAACUGCAGAAAAAUGCCAGCUGGUUCUUGAGAAUGAACAGUCACGAAGCUAUGGCUGUUGCAGAGGGUCUUUACCAAAAGGGGUUCAUCAGUUAUCCCCGAACCGAAACCGAUCGAUUCGAUCCAGGUAUGAAUCUUAGGGCACUGGUAGAAAAGCAGACGCAGGACAACCGAUGGGGCGGAUUUGCUCAGAACUUGGUGAACGGAUCUUUCAAACAACCACGACAAGGGAGUCACGAUGACAAGGCACAUCCACCCAUCCACCCUGUGGCCUACUGCGCUCCUGCCAAUUUGAACGACCAAGAAAAACGAGUUUAUGAGUUUAUCACACGUCGCUUCCUGGCUUGCUGUUCCGAUGACGCGAAGGGCCAGGCAACAGACAUAGAUGUCCUGUACGGCGAUGAAGUUUUCAGUGCCCAUGGAGUCGUUGUUUUGGCAAGAAACUAUCUUGAUGUUUAUCCCUACGAAAACUGGACGAAUAGUACCACUCUACCAAAGUUCACAACCGGAGAAGUAUUCGAGCCUACCGAAGCUAUGAUGACGGAAGGAAAGACUGCAGGUCCCAGUUUUCUGACAGAGCCAGAUCUCAUUGCGUUGAUGGACGCUAAUGGUAUAGGAACUGAUGCCACGAUGGCAGAGCAUAUCAAUACAAUCAAAACACGAGAUUAUGUCUUCACGCGGCUAAAAGGGGGUGGCGGUGGGAAUCAUGCUCCAACCCCAGCCCGUGGUGGCCGAGGAGGGAGAGCCGCGAGAGCUGGCCGGGGCGGUAGAGGCGGCGGCGCUGCUCGGGGAGGAGGCGGUGGAGGAGUUGAGGAGUUCAUACCCUCAACCCUAGGCGUGGCUCUGGUGGAUGGGUAUGACAAGAUGGAACAUGAGAUGAGUCUCAGUAAACCAUUUCUGCGCAAGGAAAUGGAGUUGAGAAUGAAGGAUAUAUGUGAGGGACGACUGGCAGGAGAUGCUAUGCUCCGGGAGAGUUUGAGGCAGUACAAGCGGGUGUUUGAGCAGUCAAAGGAAAGGCUUGAUCUUUUGAAAGCAUCAUGCAGGAGAUACGUGCUCAAUGCCGGUGGACCUUGAUACCAAUUUGCUCUAGUAUAUUUGUGAAGGAGGUACUAAGUCCUAUGGAUUUAAUUGAGAAGAAAUCGUAGUACAGUGCCAGUCAACUCAGCUUGAACAAUUCUCAAACCCUGAUUUGCUGGAUUUACUCGCUUAGGAAUGCACUGUCCGGUCAACUGCAAAGUGAGCCUAGCGAAACG